AUGACCGCCGCCUCCACAAACGCCGGACGAGCACAAACCACUAGCCAAAGAGACGCCGCCCACGCCAACGGAAGCAUGCCCUGCCGCCCACGCGGCCAGAGGCAUAGCAACACCACCACCUCGCUCCCGGAGCCGCCGCUCCGGCUUCCACGCGCAACAGGCCGACCCCUCGCGUCAACCUGUCACCGUCGCACCCCAGCUAGCCUGCCACACGCGGUGGCCCUCCGCAGCCCCCCGAACUCCGACCUUCACGCGACCGCCACGCCAAGGAGAAGCUGGGACGGCACAUCCCCGUCGCCACCGCGUCUCCGGGGCCGCUGCCCUGGCAUCCUCUUCUCCAGCCAACCGCCGGCGCCGGAGAUGCAGACCGGCCUCCCCUGCCGGCUGCCCGCUGUCGGGGGCACGACCCCGACACCACCAACGCCACUAAGGCGACCCAGGGCCGCCGCCCUGGCCUCCUUGAGCGAGGCCGACCUGCACGCCCCCCAAAUCGAGCGGAUCUCGAUCUGGGAGGACGCCGACCAGGCCGCCCCGCAAGGCCCCGCACCGAGGGCGACCGUCGCCGGAGCAGCUGCGACCACCGCAGCGCCGGCGAGCAGCCACCACCGCAGCCCCCCGCCCCGAGCCCGCCGGCUCGGCUUCCUCAAGCCCCGACCGCCACCGCCCCCACGAGCCGGCCCUCCACCUCGCGCCCAGAACUCCCCGACCACCUUCGGCAGCGGGGUGCCGCCACCGCCGCGGAGGAGGCCGCCGGCGGCAGCGGCGGGAGAGGCCAAGGCGGGGAGGAGCUUGGCGGCGCUAGGUUUUCGCCCCUGGCGUCGCCUGGGGGAGCGACGCGAGGGGGCCAGUGCAAGCUUUUAA